AACCAUGAGUGUAUUUCCUCAACUGCAAUAUCCUUUCGGAUACCAGUACCCCAUAUACUACAGCUACAGCCAGGUGCCCCAGCCACCAGCAGUAGGUCAAUUAAACCAAUUUCCUCCUCAGGGCCAGAUAAUACCACAAUCAGGCUUCUAUGGCCAAGUACCCACGGCAGGUGCUGGUGGACCUGUGGCCCCCCACUACCUUGCCAAUGGGUCUGGAUCGCCUGGUGCUGGCUCGCCAGGCACGUUGCAUCUCCCGUUCUACUAUUAUAAUAAUAUCAACGAAAAGAAGUCCAAGCUGUCAACCACCUGGACAGCUAAAGAAGACAAACUUUUGAGAGAGUUGAAAGAGAACCAGAAGUUGGGAUGGCGUGAUAUCCUGACAUUUUUCAAUGACAGGACACCCAAUGCAUGCCAAUUCAGAUGGAGAAGAAUCAUACUGUCUAUCAGCAAGACUACUGAGAGCGAAGGCCCCGCGAACUCUGCUACUAUUUCCACGGCCACCUCCGCAAUCGUCUCGACCAAAAUGGCCAAGUCCCGGUCGUCAUCUAUCAGCAGCAUGUCAUCACUACACUCACGUACAUCGUCGGUCUCAUCCAUCCAGGCAGGAUCCACAUCACCCAAGAUUAAUAAGAAAUCCCAUCAUUCAAUUAACUAUAUUUUGAACUGAGUGGGCGGGGUUAUUUCAAAUCAAUUAUCUAACGGCAUUGUAUAAUAGCACUGGGAUCCAAGCUAUUGUUGGGAUUUUCAUUAAGCAAGGGGUUAUUUUUUUUUCAGUUCAAUAUUUGGGGCGGCAGAGGGUCCGUUCCGUGUGUAGUGUGUCAAAUUUUUUUUGCAUAAUGGGGUUAUGUACGAUAUUUUAUUAUAUAUAAAUUAACGUAUCGCAUUGGAAUUCAAUGUAUUAUCUUCGUCUAUAUAUUUAUUUAAUUUUUAAUUUUAUUUUAGGUUGAACCCUCACUUGUCGCAACCUUAAUUAACCAAGGUUAUUUCUAGCGAAUAUAACAAGAAUGUGCCUUGCUAUUGUGAGGGCUUUGAUAAAAUC